AUACCACAUCCCUUUUUAACCACUGGUUAACACAUACCACUAUUAUGAUGCUUUUAGCAGUGGCCUCGAGACGUAUUUUUCACAGCUAACUCGGCUCAGCCGAACAACCCUCCCCGCGCGCAGGGGCUCGCGACCAGCUGUGUGACGCGGCGCUGCCUCCCGGUUGAACAGCGGCAGGAGGAUGGCACUGCGUUGGACGGUUUCUCUGUGUUUGUCCUCGGUAGUCUGUUUUAAUUAGAUCUGAAUUAGCUGGUAACCGAUGUUUGACACUUACGACGGACUGCUGUGGUGGGGACGAUACGCGUGCAGCUGUAGCUAUGGAAAGGGAGUGCAGGUUUGAAGAUUUCUGAUCAUAUUGGUCCUGGGUCCACCAGCUGCCCGAUCAGGCGACAGCCAGGUGAUUGAAGAGGGAGACCAGAAAGCGAGACUCGGAGACCCUCCCACCACACCCACACGGCGUCACUUACCCCACUCCACCCUCAACACCAUGUCUAUCCCCAGCAGCAGCCCAGAAAGAGAGAACUCCAGUGGGGCUCAGCUGGAUUGCUCCUCUUCCCCUCCUGGCAUGGACCCAGACCCCCCAUCAACAGGCAGCCCCGUGCUCAGCCCAGACUCUUCUUCCCAUGAUGCAGCACUGUCAGCACCAGCACACUCCCCAGCAGACUCUGAGAAUCUGAGUCCUGAUGAGCUUGAGCUGCUAGCAAAGCUGGAGGAGCAGAACAGGCUACUGGAAGCUGAUUCCAAGUCGAUGCGGUCGAUGAGCGGAUCGCGGCGCAACAGCGGCUCGUCGCUGGUGUCCAGCUCCUCGGCCUCCUCAAACCUGUCACACUUGGAGGAAGAUACCUGGAUCUUAUGGGGCCGCAUUGUUAAUGAGUGGGAGGAGUGGAGACGCAAGAAGGAUAAACUUCUGAAGGAGUUGAUCAGGAAGGGCAUCCCACAUCACUUCCGUGCAAUCGUCUGGCAGCUGCUGGGCAACGCCACUGACAUGCCGGUGAAGAAUCAGUACUCGGAGCUGCUGAAGAUGUCCUCCCCCUGUGAGAAGCUCAUUCGCAGAGAUAUAGCCCGCACAUACCCCGAGCAUGAGUUCUUCAAAGGCCAGGACAGCCUGGGGCAGGAAGUGCUUUUCAAUGUUAUGAAGGCGUACUCUCUGGUUGAUCGGGAAGUGGGCUACUGCCAAGGCAGCGCAUUUAUUGUUGGCUUGCUUCUAAUGCAGAUGCCAGAGGAGGAGGCGUUUUGUGUUUUUGUGCGUCUGAUGCAGGAGUAUCGUCUGAGGGAACUGUUCAAACCCAGCAUGGCCGAGCUCGGCCUCUGCAUCUACCAGUUUGAAUAUCUUCUACAGGAGCAACUUCCAGAGCUAAACGUCCAUUUCCGCUCUCAGAGUUUCCACACAUCUAUGUAUGCGUCGUCCUGGUUCCUCACCCUUUUUCUCACCUUCCUCCCUCUACCUGUUGCCACACGCAUCUUUGAUAUAUUCAUGUAUGAGGGCCUAGAGAUUAUCUUCCGUGUGGGCCUGGCUAUCCUGCAGUACAACCAAACUGACCUCAUUCAGCUGGACAUGGAGGGCAUGUCGCAGCAUUUCCAGAAGGUGAUCCCCCACCAGUUUGACAGCUGCCCCGAUAAGCUGAUCCUCAGGGCCUACCAGGUCAAAUACAACCCCAAGAGGAUGAAGAAACUUGAGAAAGAAUACACCACCAUCAAGAACAAAGAAAUGGAGGAACAAAUUGAGAUUAAGAGGUUACGCACAGAAAACAGGCUGCUAAAACAGAGGAUUGAGACACUAGAGAAGGAGAGUGCCGCUCUGGCAGACAGACUGAUACAGGGUCAGGUGACGAGAGCACAAGAAGCAGAGGAGAACUAUGUGAUCAAGCGUGAACUCGCAGUGGUGAGGCAGCAGUGCAACACGGCCAGCGAGAGCCUGGAGAAAGCCCAGGACACCAUCAGAGAGCUGCAACAGCAGAGGUACACAGAGCCGUUUGUGAGCAAUCUGCAGACCCAGUUGGAGCAGUCCCGGCUGCGGGAGGCCGAACUGCUCGGAGCGCUGAAGGAAAUGCAGGACAAGGUGCUGGAUCUGGAGAAGAAGAGCAGCUGCCUGCCGGAUGAGAAUAACAUGGCGGCCCUGCAGGAAGAGGUGAAGCAGAUGAAGCUGAGGGAGCUGGAGACGCUGCGCUCAUUCAGAGAGAUGCAGGACAGUGUCACUGAGCUCAACCAGCGCUGGCAGCAUCAUAUGUCCCGUGGCAGCAGCACCGGUAGUGGGGGAGGCCACUGGAAGGAAUCCCCGAAGAAGAAUGCUAUGAACGAGUUGCAGGACAAAUUGAUGACCAUCCGACUGAGGGAGGCGCAAGCCCAGGCUGAACUCCGAGAGGUCAAACUCAAAGCCCUGCAGCAGGAGAGCCAGAACCAGAUCCAUAGCAAACUGAUCGGUCGCCAUGAGCAGGAACGCUCCGCGCUGCAAGACCGGCUUCAGAUGUUGGCAAAUCAGAAUAAAGCUCUGCAGGCCCAACUCAAUGAGAUGAAAAGGAAGCAGGCUGAGUCAGACUGCAAGAGUAAAGAGGAGGUGAUGGCGGUGCGACUGAGGGAAGCAGACAGUAUGGCUGUCAUGGCUGAACUCAGGCAGAAGAUUGCUGAACUCGAGAUACAGAAGGAGGAAGGACUGAUCCAGGGUCAGCUGAACCAUUCAGACUCCAGACAGUACAUCAACCAGCUCCGGGACCAGAUUGCCGAGCUAAAGAAUGAGGUCAGGCUGUUGAAAGGACAGAAGGCAGUCACCGGCUCCAGGAUCACCUCGGGAGGAGGAAGUACCAACUACCAGGAUCUGUGCUUGGCCAGCCCUGCCUCUGCUGAGGGGGACUACCUCAGCUCAGAUGAUGACCUCCUCCCCAGCCCGCUGCCCGCCACCGCCUUGUACCCCAACUUGUCCGGCACAUGUCACCCAUCCGCCCGUCUUGAUAGUGAUGGCAGCACGGACAGCGAGGUAGAGGAGCAAGUACAGACUCAUCCAGACCCACAGCAGCUUUACGGCAGCAUGGUGUGUGCUGACGCCCUGGAAAACUGAGAAAAGGAGAGGGAUCAAGGAGUUCCCUUGACUAGACUGGACAGGACUGGAGUGGUACUGGAUGAAACUACUUCAAUUCAUUGUAUUAACCGAUCAAACCCUUGGCUUUUCCAGUGUUUACCUUUGGUUGUGGCAUUGAUUGGACCCGUUCAUCUCUACCUUUUGUCUCCGCUCCUGUUGUUGUGUCCACCACCUUGUUCCCCACACUGUCUGAUGCCAGUGUUCCCUGACGGAGGUAACGUGAAACCUCUCCCCUCCUCUUUGUGCACCAGAAACUGUCCUUCAAAAUCAUGUCCUUCCAAACAUGAACAUGUGACAUACAUACAAAAGAUUAGACUGAACCAGCAUGACAGUUGCUGCUUACAGCUCCAGAUCUACCCCCGGACCUGAAUCUGUGACUGUUUGAAGAAGUAAAAGAUGGGUGGACAAAUAUAAAACCUCUCUAUAGAGUAACAGACUCUUGACACACUGUAUACUAUACCCUUAGAUAACUCUCCCUACUGAUUGGUUCAGAGUUUUCAUCCUACCUUUUCCCGUUUUUAAGCCCCUCAGUAGGAAGACUCACAUCCAUCGUCACUGCCUUCAGGACAAACUUCUCUCAGCCAUCGGUUAAACUUCGUGUAUACAAUGUGUUAAAAAAGUAAAUUCAGCAGAUGGAUUGUUAUGGGAGGGAGCUGUGCAGUAUCAGAUUAUGUGGCUAUCACAUCUGCAUUGGCUUUCACAGAUAAAUCUUUAACAUAUUAAAUACUCUGGUUGUUGCGUAGUUUUCAAAUUAUAUGAAGGCGAGCAAGCCCAGAUAGCAGACAUGUUUGGGCUGAAUCAGGACUACUUUUGGCACUUAUAACUCAGUUACAGCACUGGCAAGGGUUGUGUGGGCCAGAAGUGGACCACAUGUCAGUUGCCAGCCUGGUUUGGAUUAUGGUCAGUCUCCUGUGGGCCACAUGUGGUCCAGAUGUCAAUUGUUGGCCUGGACAUGGAUUAUGGAAAUUAUUUUGCAGGCCAGAAGUGGUCCUAAUACAGGAAGCUUUAUUUAUGGCAAUUACCAUGCGGGCCACAUGUGGUGGUCAUGUGACUUAGUUUGGGCAGCCACACUCACACAAACACCAUAUCUGGGCCAACAUUUUUCUAUCUGGCAGGUACUACAGCUUCUUUUUGUCAAACAUGUUAACAACAACCCACAACGAAGAAAGGAACUCAAUGUUGCCAAAUCGUUCGUUUUGUUUUUGAUGAUGUAUGUGUUGUAAUUUAUUUUGUUAUAUUUUAUAUUUUGUAUAGGUCUAUAUGAAACUGUAGGAGUGUGGGGAUACCAACAGAGGCCAAACUUAAACCAUCCUUUGUGCCAAGAAGUCAUCUCUGACUGGUUUACUGUGACACUGAGUGUUUCAGAGACAGAAAAUGUGCUGCUAUGAUUUGGAAUUUAUUCCACUUUGUUUUUUAUUUGUUUUGUUUUGUUUUUUGUUUUAAAUUCUAAAAUAACUAUCAUCAAGGUUGGUUAUUACUUUGCAAAGGGAUCAGAGAACAGUUGAACUUUCUCUCUGGAGCUUUGCAGAAUUUAUCAGUGAGAAAAGUAGAAUUAAACCUACGCUUGUGCACGAUAUGAGACCAAGGAUUAGCUUUUCUUCACUGUCUUACUGAGAUUGAAACAACAUGAUUGAUACAAUUAAGACCCAAAAUUAGAACAUAGUGAGCUUAGCAGGGACAGUUUUUGUGCUUCUUUUUGUUUAACACUUAAAUUCUUGCUUGGUCUCUUCAGUUUCUCAAAAGCAACAUCAUGCAUGUUUUACUGUACUGAGGACAUAUGCUAGCUUGCUUGUUAGCUGAUUUAGAAAUAUAAAUUACACAGCUGUAUUUACAAGGUUUAUAACAUUUGCCAAUGUUUACCAUGCUGAUGAUGUUAGAUCGCAUUAACUUAUAACAUUAGCUAACAUUGGUUAAUGUAAGCUAAUGUUAUUAGUUAACAUUAGCUAAUGUUUGCUAAUAUUGUUAGCUAACAUUAACAAACAUUACCAGUGACUUUAAAUAAGUUAACAUCAGCUAAUGUUAUACGCUAACAUUAUCUAACUUAAAGUCCCUGGUUAGGCUUUAGCUGCUAGCAUAAAUUUUUUAAAUUUACAUUUGACUUUUAAGAGAGAGAAUUAGCUUCCUCUUUCAAACAUUGUUUUGUUGUGGCUGUAACAGACCAGACACGUGUUCACUAGUCAGCUUACUGUUUCUCUCUUUUCUCUGGGUGCUCAUCAAAUCUCUCCUAAAGGACCGUUCCAAUGACAAGGAAUUUGUCAUUCCAUGUACAUUCAAGGAUGCUUCCGGGUGUCCUAGGUGUUCUCAGAACAUCUAAAAUCUUUGUUUGUCCAAGACAUCACAGAUAGAAAAUUACAGGACAGCAAAGUUUAAGCUGCCCAGAUGUAAACAACUGUUGUGAGCAAUGAAAAGCUUUUAAACACCUUUCAACGUAUCAGCUCUUGGGUGUGAUUGGUGAACUGCUGCUGUGACAUUUUAUUUCAAGAAGGACUUUUUUCUAUUCUUAGAAGGACAUGACUUGGAAGGACAUAUUGUACUGAGCAAGCAUCCUUUAAUUUGAGAAUCACCUUCUGGCUUUAUGCUAAGCUAACUUAUUUCUAGUAUUUAGCUUCAUAUUUUACAGACAGGCACAAGAGUAGUAUUACUUCAUUACUUUUCUCAUCAAACAGAUUUUUUUUAAUUGUCACUGUCCAGCACAAAAAUAAAAAAAUCCUGGAAGCUCAUCUGGAAUUACUAGUUUAUGUACUCUCUGACAGCUAAAACUCCAGCAAUCAUACUUAAGGGCAGUGGUUCGUUUAGUAAGGAUGUCAACAAAAAGCCGUCAUUGUGAGCAGAGUGUGUGUAGUUAGAAAAUAUUUUACAUAUCAACCAUUAUUCUGUUUAUAUAAAAAAAAUGUAUCAAAAAUGCAUAAAUAUGAGACAGACAGAAAAGAUAUAUCAAUCAUAUUUUAGAGCUAUAUCAAGUCUUACUGAGGAUGGUGAGAAUUGUGAAUAGUUUAUCAAACAGGGUGUCGUGUAUAAAGCAGUGAUUUUUUGCUUUUUGCACUACAGAGAAAGACAAAUUCCAUUUAUGAUUUUAAGCUGGACGAGGUAAUAUGGAUGAAUGGAUUCAUUGUGGGAUCGAUUCUCAUUAUAUUAAUCAAUGAAGAUUUUUGUUCUACGCGAGAGAACCUUUACACGUUUCACUGUUUCAAAACAACCAUCAUUUAUUUUAUACUGACCAUUUGUCUAAAUAUUGAUAUUAUCUUCUGGCUAAAACAAAUGUUUUUGCUCCUGUUUCUUUAAUGCCCCCCUCUUCAAUAAAGCCCUCAGAAAAAAGGAAAUUGGAUCUUCCAGUAAUGGCCAUCACAGCACUAAAGAGGAUGUUGCCUUGGCCACCAUACUGUUGCAAAUAACAGCUUUUACGGUUGUAAUUGUGGGGGUUGGCAACUGAAAUCUCUACAUGGGAAUCUGUGUUUGGAGAACUCCAAGCACACUGAUUAUAUCAAAGAGAGCGCCAUAUUGUUUACAAUAAUAAAAAAUACCAUCAGCCCUCUUUUUCCUAAAACUUGAACCAUUUAUCACACGAGACCCCAUCUAAGUUUAUAUUUUUCAAUACACUUAUGUAAUUCUGUAGUUGGCCGUAUAAAAGUUUUUAUACUUUCUGGUGUAUUUUCUCUUUCAAAGAAUGGUUUAAUGGAAAGGAGACUAAAUAAAACAUGCUGAACCUGAACAUCAAAAACAAACAUUUCAUUUGUAAGGAGCUGACAGAGACCUAUUUUUCUGAAACUCAUGCAGAAAAGAGUAAGAAUAAAUUUUGGAAUUUCACUGUUUGACUCUUCUAGUUACAUCAUCUGUUUGCACCUUCCUCUUUGGAAGCUGUUUACCGCCACUAACCUCCAAUUUUCACUUAAAAUACUCAUUUUCAUGUUUAUUCCCAUUUUCUGCUGGGGCCCGUCAUGGUAGCGUUUAGCACCAGGUAUGUUGCCGAGUAACUUUUAAACAGCCACCAUGAGAUAAUUCAAACUUGCCAAUACGUCCAGUAACUCCAGAUGUUGUCCAAUCUACUGCUGGGUUGAAUAGAUCAGCUAACAGCAUGAAGGUUUUAGUCAGGAAUGAAUUUCCUUUUCCAAAAUAAACUUUGAUCUGAACCCAGGUCAGUGUGCAGUGUCCUCCACUUAAACACAUCUGUACAGCUGUUCAGUGAUGGUGCUCCGUUCUCACCACUGUUUAAUGAUAACCAUCUACUGUGAUAACUCAUUUGGUUGGUUUGUAAAUUACUUUGAAUAUGACUGUAGCGUUCAUUUUUAGUAUUAUUUUUUAUACUCACCAAAAUACUUUGAUUCAUUCUUCUAACAAAAUGAAAUGAAAUGAUCAAACAUCUUAAUGUGCCAUGUGACUUCUUUUUUUUGUCACGAGUGACGUUUUACAUGGAAUACAAUUACACUGUGUUACUCCAUAUUUGCCAUCUUAAACUGGGACCAUUCAUUACAUGUUUUCCCUGAUGUAAGUCAAUGAAGCAAUGGAGGGAAAGCGUAUGCUUUCAGACGGUCUCACUUUUCAUAUUUAUGUACUGUGUGUGACAGCUGUCGUACUAUCCACAGCUUCAUGGCCAGGAACCUUGUCCACCCUCUCUCCUUCUCUUGCAGGUCAGCUGAUGUUGUCAGAUAUAUAACAUGACAGUUAAAAAUAUAUAUAGAUUCCAGUAUGAUGGAGGAAAUACAUUUCAGUGUUCUGUAUCCUAUGAAUGAUGCAAAAUAAAGUUUGACAUUGCACCUUU